GUCCGUACAAAAGCUCAAUAAAGAAAAAUAAAUUGACCAUUUUUUAUUUUCUUAAUUUCACAAUCACAAUCAUUGUUGGGAUUUUUUUUCGUCUUGCCCUUUUUGAAACUUCUCAUCUCAUGGAGUUCAUCUCUCUUAAUGCAUAAUCACAAAUCUUCAAUGCAUUAAAUCAAGUGGGCUCCCUCGUGUUUGGCUUUUUGCCUAUAUAUGCAAAGGUAGACAGGAAUAGAACAUUGCACGUACAAUCUAAUAAAUUAGCAUCACUCAAAGUUGAAGGCAUACACAUAACUAUAUCCCUUUUUCUUUUUUUGAGAUAAUUUUGCAAAAAUCAAUCUCCCUUAGCUUCACAAUCAAGAAUGACUACUUUCCCUUGUGGCGGAGAAUGUGGCGACAUCAUCGUCUGGUUCGAUGAUGUGGCCGAGCGAGUUGGCGCCGUCCAAACCGAGACCCUCCGCACGAUUCUUGAAGCAAACCACCGAGUCGAGUACCUCAAGAAGUGGCUCAAAGAUGUUAAUGUGAACGAAAUGGAGUCGAGUGAACUAGAGUCGCUAUUUACUUCUUUGGUGCCCCUUGUGUCCCAUGCGGAUUUGGAGCCGUAUAUUCAACGAAUAGCCGAUGGCGAAACCGAGCCUCUUCUCACUCAAGAACCCAUUACCACUCUUUCAUUGAGCUCUGGUACAACUGAGGGAAGACAAAAGUACAUUCCCUUUACAAGCUACAACGCAAAAACCACUCUCCAAAUUUUCACAAUUGCAGCUGCUUAUAGAUCAAGAGUAUAUCCCACAAGGCAAGGUGGGAAAGUCUUGGAAUUCAUAUACAGUAGCAAACGGUCGAAAACGAGCGGCGGCAUAACCGUGGGCACGGCCACGACUCACGUGUUCAAUAGCCGAGAAUUCGACCUCAAACAAAAGCAAACCAAAUCCUUCACUUGCAGCCCACAACAAGUCAUCUCCAUUGGUGACUACAAACAAUCCACCUAUUGCCACCUCCUCCUCGGCCUCCGAUUUUCGGACCAAGUCGAGUACUUAACCUCAACGUUCGCAUACACAAUCGUGCAGGCCUUCAUCUCGUUCGAGGAAAUAUGGCUCGAAAUAUGCAACGAUAUCCGAGACGGUACCCUCAGCCCGAAAAUCACCCACCCGGCCGCGCGGGCCGCCGUGCUCGGGUCGACCCGGCCCGACCCAGAUCUCGCCUCGCGGGUCGGGUCGAAAUGCCGGGAAUUGGAGAAGGUGGGUUUUGCGGGCCUCGUGCCGAAGCUAUGGCCCAAUGCCAAGUACGUGUACUCGAUCUUGACGGGAUCGAUGGAGCCGUACUUGAGCAAGCUCGUGCAUUACGCGGGCGGUUUGCCGCUCGUGAGCGCGGAUUACGGGUCGACCGAGGCGUGGAUAGGGGUGAACGUGGAGCCGAGCUUGCCGCCCGAGAAGGUGAGUUUCGCGGUCGUGCCGAGUUUCGGGUACUACGAGUUCAUACCGCUCUAUAGGCGGAAUCGAGAGGGCGUGAAGUCGGGUGGGGCGGACGAUUUUGUCGAGGGCGAGGCGGUGCCGUUGAGUCGGGUCGAGGUGGGGCAGGAGUACGAGGUCGUGCUUACGACGUUUUCGGGUUAGUAGUAAGAAAAAAGUUUAUAUUUUGGUUAAUUUUUCUUGGUUCUUGAGUAGUUUUCGGUAGAGCUAUAAACGAGUCGAGUCGAGCUUGAUCGAACUCCUGAUACUUGACCUAUGUUUGAGCAUUUAUCGUGUCGAACGGAGCUGAGCUCGGCUUGUUAACUGAUUGAGUCGAUAAACGAGCUCGAGCUUGUCUCGUUUAUUAAAACCCUUAUUUCUCGAGUCUAAUGAGUCUUAACAAGCUGAGUCAAGAUUGGUUGGUGAGGUGUAAAAUGAGCCUGAACUCAAGUUCGACUCCUUGAUCAAGUUGAGGUCAAAUCGUUUUCGUAUUGUGUAGUUUGUCGAUCUCAAACGAAAUGAGAUUGAUAAUGUGUUGUGUUGUUUUGGUUCUUAAGUGCUUUUCCUUAGAGCUGUAAACGAGCUCGAACUCCUAAUACUCGAGCUUUAACGAGUCAAAUUCGAGUUUUAAAGCCGAGCUAAUUUAAUAGUUCGAGAAGUUACCUUAUAAAACCCUAUUUCUCGAGCCUAACGAGUUAAGCUUGUGCAAAAUGAGGUCGAACUCAGCUCGUUUAUCAAACGAAUUGAGGUCAACUUGAAUUUUAACGAGCUAAACUGAGUGGGGCCCACGAAUGGCUCGGUUUGUUUAUUCAUGUGAUCCAAAGUAGGGAAAACAUUUGCAGCCAUUCAUUUGUGCUGUAUAGUAAGUACAUUAGGUGCAUGGACAGAUGGACCACAUGCACCUAAAUAAUGCAGAGAUGGGCUUGGAAAUAUGUAUUCCCAUUUCCCGCUAAAUAUCUCAGUCAGCUUUUUCAUGGCAAGCCAACUUGUAGGGGGCAUCUACAUGAUUUUGUCCCUUGUUUUUGAAAAAUCUGAACCAAUUUUUGGCCGUAUUUAAUAGUCUCCUGUACGGAAGGGAAAACUCGAGUAGAAAGUGCUUUUGGAAUUUGCAUAAGGUACAAGAAAUUUAUUAUAUUAUCAAAUUAUUACUCGUUACCUUUAUAUGAUGCAUGCCUAGAACUUUUUUUCUUUCAUCUUUAUUUUCUUCAAUACCAAUUGAGUGAAUCAUAGUACUAGCAAAUUUUAUUUCUUUCUUUUCUAAACUCCAUAUAGGGAUAGCUUACAUGGUCAUAGUACUAACAACGUUUGCUCCUUUCCAUUUGAUCUAUCGUGCAUUAAUGUCCCAAAUAAUUUUCAAUUGUUUUGGUAUAGUAUAACCUCCUUGACUAGUACUAAGAGCAUCUUUAGUAAUGAGUUUCGAAGAAGUUUUGAAAAUACAAACCUUGAGGUUUAUCAUUAUAAUAGAGAGGUUUGAGAUUUGAAAAUACAAAUCACGUUUGUGGACAAACCUCUCAUAAACCUCGUGGGAUUCACGCCCACUUGCUUUUCUUAAUAUUAUUGUUCUUUUAUGCCUAGUGGGACCCACGUCCACUUACUUUUUUUAAUAUAUUUAAGAAUAAAAUUUAAAUAAAUAAUAUAUGAAAUAAAAUAUGUGGGUCCAUAAAAAGUUAGGUUUGUAAUGUUAUUGGAGAUUUAGAAUGUAUGAGUAAGAUUGGAGUUUUGAAUGAUGUGACAUAUUGAGAAUUAAAAAUGUAGGUUUAAAUGGGUUUUAUUGUUAAAGAUGUUAUUUGCCUGUCUUUUCUUCAUUUUAUGUAUAUUGCAUUAAUAUCUACAAUAAUUUUUAAUUUUGUUUGGUAUAUGUAUAAUCCUGGCAUGCAGGGCUAUACAGAUACCGACUAGGUGACGUGGUCCAAGUGUCCGGUUUCCACCGCAACACCCCAAAGCUCAGCUUUGUAUGCCGCCGGAAGCUAAUUCUAACUGUCAACAUCGACAAGAACACCGAAAAGGACCUCCAAUCGGUGGUCGAGAAGGGAUCUCAAAUCCUACACAAGACCAAAAAGGCCGAGCUCAUCGACUUCACGAGCCACGCCAGUGUGGCCCACCAACCGGGACACUACGUGAUCUAUUGGGAGAUCAAGGGUGAGGCUGACGGACAGCUGUUGAGCGAAUGUUGCACGGAAAUGGAUGCCUCUUUCGUGGACCCAGGUUAUGUGGUGUCUAGAAAAAGUAGCUCGAUCGGGCCUUUGGAGCUCCGGAUUGUGGAGAUGGGAACUUUUAAGAAAAUUAUGGAUCAUUUUAUUGGGAUUGGGGCGGGUUUGAACCAGUUCAAGACUCCUAGGUGCACGAGUAACCCGGUUUUGCUUAAGAUUCUUGAUGCGUGCACCGUAAAGAAGAUUCGUAGCACCGCAUACGGGUUGAGCUAGAUGGAAAAUUUAAUUUAAUAAUAAAUGAUGUAUGAAACAGAACAUGAUUGAAGUUAAGAUUAUCGAUUGUUAUUGAUUUGAAGUAUCGUGUUUGAUCUCAGUGCACAAAUUGAAUGAUAUAUAUCGUGUUAGAACGAGUAUACUUGAUUCACUUAGAUGUGUGAUUCUGUCAAUAAUAUUGACUAUCUGCUUA